AUGGCACCUCCCGUCUCUCCUCGCCGUACACGCACCAAAAAUGCAACACAGCACCCUGGACAUGUGCUCCUCGAAGGUAAAAGAAAACGACGCACCCAGGCCCAGAUCAAGGAAGACAAACAGCGUGCCCAGGAAGCACAGGCUGCCCAGGAAGCCACUCAGCAGAGCAAAAUCGAUCGUAUUGCUGGUAUUGAGGCUGCCAUGGAGGUGGAGCAGGCGACUCAGGCGACUGGAAAAGUGAAGCCAGUAAGGCCUCGUGCUAGGCCGGUCAAAAAAAAGACAGAUGGGAAAGGUGCCGACAGUGAUCUUACCUCAGAGAGUCUGCCUGUGCCUGCAGCAGAGGCUAAGGGUCAAGGUACAGGCGAUCAUCACAUUAGUCAAGAUGGUGGUGGUGUAGGUGCAGGAGAGAGUAAAGCGGUUGGAAGCAAGGCUGCUGCAAGGCCGCCAAAGAAGAAGGCUUCCUUGAUACGUGAUGCAAUCAGUACCGCAACAAGACAGAUUCUUGAUGGGAAGGCACCUGAUUGCGACAAGAAAGGAAAUCCUGUACCAGGUAAAAAAUUUAGCUUGACAGGCAAGAUCAACAACUGGCGCAAUCUCGUGAAACCUGAGACGAAGUCGAAAGCGUCUCCUGUUGCGACACCUGAAUCCGAAUUUUCAGACGGCACUGUUUUGUCAGCAACCACUUUGAAGACAAGCCAAACUGCAGCGACCACUGUCUCACUCGCAAAAGACCCUCCUCCGUCCUUGACAGAAUCUUCAGAGGGUGACGAGGAAGAGGAAGAGGACAGAGAUGGUGACAACGACAUUGACGAAGAUGGAGACGGAGAUGUAGGUGGAGACGACGCUGAUGCUGACGUUGACGUUGACGCUGAUGCUGACGUUGACGCUGAUGCUGAUGCUGACGAUGAAGACAACAAUUUCGAGGAACCUGCCCUUGUAACUAACGGAAAGGUUAAGGCAAGCCUGAAGUCUGUUGUACAGAUUGCCGAAACUUCGGACGACGAAUGCCUGAAGCACUGGCACCAAUAUCUUUCAAUCAAUUGCCAUACAGCCAACAAGCAGACAUCUGAGGAUGCUGCCGAGGAGGGAUACAGACCUGCCGCGACACGUUCAAGUUCCCAAGCCAAUGCGCAUUACUACAAAGACCAGUGUGACAGUCGCCGAGAAACCGAACCCACCCAAGAAGCUAAACUGGAACCAGUACUUUCGAUGCCCUCCGAACCCAAUUUGAUGGCUGCCGACAUGUCGACAAAGCCCAAAGCUGGUGCUCAAUGGCGAAACACGGACCUCCCACCAAUUAUGUUGGAGGGUGGCGCAUGGCGCCGGACAUUUAUCCCAACGGUCUUUCUUUGGGCAGGUGCUCAGCCAAAAUUUUGGUCUAUCGAGACCGAAAAAUUACUUCCGGCACUCCAGGCUAUUUUCAACGUCUCAUUUCCAGGAAUAAAUCACAACAUUCAACCAAAAGGUCCCAUAGUAGGCUUGGUGAAUCAGCGCAUAUGUUCCUGGCGCAGCAACUUUGGAUCAACAGCUAUUGCCCUCAUCGCGAACUUUCUGGCGGCCUCUAGAGAUGACGAGAAUGGCGACGACGACGAUGACGACGACGAGACUCGUGACGCAGACAAGAUCUACCGGUCGGUGUUCAUGUUGGAACUGAUCGAGUCUGCUCACAUCAACGCGAUUGCCGGAUUCCUCGAUGUACCGGCACUCAACACGGAUGCUCUGCAGGUGAAGGGCAUGCAGGCUGUAAUUGCUGCAAGUGCUGCUGCACUUGAACGUGCCUUUAAUUUCGCUGCGAAGCCGAAAGUUUUGAAGCAAAACAACACCAGCAGUAAAGAGAGCACCGCAAUAUCAGCCUUUUCGGAGGCAAACUGUGGCUCAGCGACAUCCGAAUACUACGAGUCCCUCAAGAGGCGAGGGGUGAAGUACACUGCGGACAUAAUCGCCCUGGUGCGCAAGCGCCAGGAAGCAGCCAAAAAACUCAAGAGUGCUCCUGCCGAGGAGCUGAAACCUAAGGGCGAGCGUGCCCUGCUCUACUGCUUUUUAUCUCCAUUUUUCGCACUUUUGGACUACUUAUUUUAA